AUGAUAAAAAAUAAUAAUAAAAAACUUAAACGACGAAUUAAUUUAGAAUCCAAUCAAAUAAUGCGUUACAUGCAAGAUAAUUCAUCAGUUAUUGUUGAUGGUCGUGGUAAUCAAGCUUGUGUAUUAGCUACAGCACCGAUAUAUGAUGAAUGGGUUCGAAAUAAUUAUGAACUUCAAGUUUGGCAAACAUAUUUCAAAAUUGGCACACAAGAUAAACAUUGGGCAAAAGAAGUCAUUACACGUACAAAAAAACGUAAUGAUGUAACAUAG